AAAUCGUCAUCUCUCUCUCUCUCUCUCUCUCUCUUCCUCUUUUUUUUUGUCCACCCCCUUUUGUCAGCCACCUUCAAUCCUCUCUUUAUCGUUCGCCUGUUUCUUCGUAUCUAAGUCUCGUUAACAGUCAACCUAGCACCGAUACCAGCAACAGCAGCAACGAAACUAUGACCAGGUCGCGCCCCAAAACUAAUGCUGAUGCGAAUGGUGUGUCGUCAACCCGAAGGUCGACUCGUAAUGCGGCUCCGCCUUCGAACCUAAAGGGAACUAAAACGGCGGCUACACAUAAACAAUCCGAGGCAUCAAAGUCUAAAGUGGAUACUGUGGACUCUUCUGAGGGAGAGGAGAUCGAAGACGACGAGGGAAAUCAAGAAGAGACACUAGCCCAGAUUUCUCAAAGAAACGCUUCUGUUCGAAGGACCAAAGAAAUGCGAUCUGCUACUUCUAUAAAGAAACCAGCGAUCGACGCUUCUAAAGCAGGCAAGGCGGCUGCAGCCCGCGUUCCAUCGGAGGAUCAAGAAGAAGAGGAAGCAGAAGACGAAGAGGAGGCAGAAGGCGAAGAGGAUGCAGAAGACGGAGAGGUCGAGGAAGACGAACUGGAGGAAUCAUCUUCAUCAGAAGAAGAUGACGAUGGAUCCGAUUUUGAGGAACCCUCUCAAAAACGAAGAACCAAAGCUGCCGCUUCCAAAAAAACUCGUCAACCAAAGCCAGUGGAAUCCAGGAUUCCGAUCAUCAAGCCAAGAAAGUCUAGGACAACUACGCCCAAGGCUCCUAAGACAGCAAAGAAGGCAAAAGCAUCAACGAGCUCUGCAAGUCGAAAGAAGCAAUCAGCUGCAACGACUUCGGAUAAUGAGGCAGAGGAUGAUGAGGAAGGACACUAUGCAAUCUAUUCUGCUGUUUUGGACUCCCAAGUCGCCCUCGAGACGGUUGCGACGGACUGGAUCAGCCUUUACCAGAGAUCCUCGAAUGAGGCCAUGUUGAAUUUAACUAACUUUCUCAUCCGGUGUUGCGGCUGCAAGCAAUUUCUUACUGCCAGCGAUUUUGCCGAUCAGAACGAGAUGGUCGAGAAUUUGAACAGUAUCCUGUUACGAUACAAGGAGACCACUACCAAUUUCGAUUAUCCAAUUGUGUCCAAGGCAAAGGAGUUUAAAAAGUUUAAAAAGAACUUGCUUGAGUUUUAUUCGCGGCUCUUCCAGAAGGUGCAGGGCGAUAUUUUGUUUGAUGGCGCGUUUAUGAAUACUUUGCUCAAUUGGACACUCUCGCUUUCCAGUUCGUCCUAUCGACCGGUCCGUCACACCGCGACAACAGUUGCUCUAAACGUCGUUACGUCUCUGGCUGAAAUUUCUAGCGAGCUGCAAGAGGAGCUGAAUGUGUCAAACCGCCAACUGGCAACCAGUCAGAAGCAAAAGGCAGCUCAAUCAAAAGUCAAGCAACUUGAGAAGAAGGUUGCUGAGAACCAAAGACGCAAGAAGGAGAUCCGCGAUUGGAUUAACGAAAUCUUUGAUAGUGUCUACGUGCUACGAUGUCGCGAUGUUGACCCUUUGGUCCGCUUGGAUUGCGUGCAUGAGCUGGGAGAAUGGAUGAUGGUCAACCCUGAGCAGUUCAUCGCCCAGACCUACCUUGGAUAUGUAGGCUGGGGACUUUCGGAUAAAGCAGCAGCAGUUCGCUUAGAGGCACUCAAGGUUUUAGCGAAACUUUACGAGAUUGAAAACCAACCCAGUGCCCUGCGCCAGUUCACUCCUCGCUUCACAGACCGGUUUAUUGGGAUGGCCAUUGGUGAGUCCGACACCUCCGCUCGUCUAGGAGCCAUCCGAGUCGUUACCUUGAUUCACAAGCGCGGCCAACUUGAAGAAGCGGAUCAGGUCAAGCUGAGCGCAUUGAUCUUUGGUGCAAAUGCUAGGGUCCGCAAGUCCCUCGCCAAGUUUAUCAAGGCCCAUGUUUGGGAGGACGAAGUUGAAGCCAGGAUAGCGGACUGUGAGCUGCUGGUAUCAUCAGCACAAGGCGAAAGUAAGAUCGUCAGGAAAGACUGGGUGGAGCUCAAAUCUCUGGCCAAUUUUUUUGUGAAGGUCGGCAAGGAGGUAGGGGACGAAAAUGAGUCUGCAGCCCAGGGUGAACACCUGAAAGUCGCGGGGACCCGACUCUUUGAUGAAACCAAGAUCGGAAGAAUCGCAUUGGCCGUCGAGGCACUUUGGUCUGAGGUCGAGACCCUCAAGAACUGGAAAUCUAUUGCAGAAUAUCUUCUCGAAGAUCAUACCGCUACCUCUGCUUCUUCCUCAUCAUCAAAGCGUGGAAAUUCGAAACCAGCUUCCUUGGAGGAUGUCUAUCAUCUCGAGGAGGAAGAGGAGAAUGUGCUGUUGGAGAUCUUUAUUGCAAGCCUGCAGUUGACGCUUAAUCCUCCCGUUGUACAUGGAUUCCAGAAGGACAAGGCCAGGUUGAAGGCGCAGCUGGAUGAAGUUGCGAAUGAGGUCGGGGGCUACUGUGCCAACAUUAUGCCACAGCUAUUCUCAAAGUAUGGCGUGGAUGCCAGUCGGAUCCGAUCUGUCCUUGUCAUCCCUCAGAUUAUUCCGCUGGGUACUUAUGUGGAUCUGCGUAUGCUCACGGCGUACGAGGAGCUGGUGGACGAGGUCAUCAAGGUUUUUAAGAAGCACAGCGAUCCAUCUGUACUUAGCGCUGCAGCGUUGACCAUCCGAACGAUGCAGGGCAACGAGAUUUUGCGGACGUCGCAUGAAGCCAAGAUCGAGGCCCUGGGAUCAUCUGUCCUUGAUAGUUUUUUGACACUUCUCUCACAGAACCAGGACACAGAUGUAGCAGAUAGGGACAUGUUGGAGAGCCUUACGCUUUGCCUGCGAAGGCUUGAGCACUUGAUCAAGUUUACUGACGUCACUGUGAAGAGGAUACGCUCAACAGAUCAGGAUCCGUUCGAUGGUUUCUUAAAUGUCAUCCAAAGAUAUAGGCAAGUUCGCGACCAGGAUGCUGAGGUUUUGAUUUCAGCACUUUCGAUUUCUUUUCUAUGGAUCUCAUGGGUGUGCAGAAGUUACGCCUCGAAAUAUGAUCAGAAUGCUGAUUGGACAGAGAACGAUGUGCAAGCAUUGCUUCAUAUGAGGGAGACUCUUAUUCGUGUCGUCUCGGAUCUUGCGAUCAAGGAGAGUCAGGAUAUCGACGCUCGAGUACGCCGUAGGGCCUUCCAGAUCCUUGGAGACAUUUACUGGCUCUUUGGGGGUGAUAUGUUCCAUGCAUCUAAGGGUACGAACCGCCACAGACUUUACAUGACCUGCCCGGAGACUACGCAGGACGAAUGCGAGCGCUUUUUGAGGUCGGAACUCGACCUCUGGCAGGAGAAGGUGCAAGAAAAGAUGAAAACUCUGCGAGCGGCCAGGAUACCAAAGACACCAUCGAACGAUGUUGCGGAGGUGGAUGGGGACUCUGAUAGAGAGGAUGGCGACAAUGACAACGCCGCAAACAUGGCUGAGAUUUUGGAGGACGAAAAGUUAGCAGCAGCGCAAAUUGAACAAGAGGACAAGUACGAGAUGUUUGGGACAGUGUUCUCAUAUAUGCGCCAGAUUAUGCUCAGGGACUUUAGCAUGGGCCAUGCCACACCUAUCAUUGCUCGCUAUGGACACUUUGGGGCCGAAUACGAUGAAGGUGCGAAGCGGGUCCUGACAAGCAUCAAGAUGCAGAUGACUGAGGGACUCUUCAGGAAGGCUAAUGAUCAAAAGGCUGAGGCGUUUAUGGGCAUCUGUCUGGAGGCGCUUAAGGAGUCUUUUGAAAUUUACAUGGAUGGUCGAGCAAUGUCCAUCAAUCAGUCUCUUCAACUCGCCAAGGUCCUAGCAACAGCUAUUAAACCUCCAGGAUUUAUGCAGACCAGCAGAGUAGGAAUCGAUUCACAACUCGUCUGGAACCUACACAGAUGUGGGAUCACGUACGCUCUGGUUAAGAUUGAAGAAUACGGAACUGCCAAGGAUGCAAAGAAGCAGGCGAAAAUGAUCAAGUUUUUUGAUAUCCUUGGCCAAAUACCUUUUGGGAGUCAGACUGCAUCAAACGAGGUUACAUCCCUUCAAGAGCUGAUCAAGUCUGAAUGCGAGAGUAAGGGAUUCGCGAUCGAUAGGGAUGACAUGUGGGAGCCCCUUCGGUCAUACCAAUCCAAGCUCGAAAAGCAGCUACAGAAGGCUGCGGCAGAUCAGGCUGCUGCGGUAAAGAAAGCUGAGGCUGCAGCACAACUCCGGGAAGAGCAAUUGCAGGAACAACAAAAGGAGCAGCAGCAAAGUGGGCAAGAACUCGACAUUGAGAUGGCCAAUGCGGAUACUGAGCAGGUAGAAGAGUCCUCAAUGAGCCGUCCAACCACCUACGGCAGGAAGCGGCAGGCAGAGGAUGAGGAGGAGGAGGAGGAGGAGGAUGAUGAUCGAGAUGCUGUGGCACAUGGGGAAGAAGAUGACGAGUUUGGUCAGAAAGAGCAAAGGAGUCGCAGUGCAAGUGCGAUUGAAUCAGAUAAUGAGGGUGGGGAUCUGGCAGCCAAGGGGACGAAGCGCAUCCGUGUCCAUUGAAGCACUAUAUUGUCUGAUUCGAUGAUUUUCAACGCCAUAAUAUCUUUUUUCAAAAUUAAAAAACGGAACAGUGUUUG